GUUGAAUUCGUAUCAAUUUUGCGUGCGGGUGGUUGCGUUACUUUCAAGGCAUCAGAAGACUACAUAGGUGGUGGUGGCAGUGAGGAAGACGACAACGAGAGUGAAAGGAUGGAUCGGAGUCAGCCAGGCCGCAUGCCUGCACCAUUGAUGAACAGCACACAGCUCCUCUUUGUUCCGGAUCUGUCCGUGAGUGGCACCUACCGAGUGGGGGGCAUAUCGGGGGUGACCCGUUCCCUGGGGGCUAGCACGUCCCUCAUACCUGGUCUCUCUGGUCUGCCAUCGCUUUCUGUCCACCGCCUCUCCGUUGCCGCCUGCCUCAUCCUCGCCACUGACGGACUGUGGGAUACUUACGGUUGUUCUCCUGAUGACCUCACACACUUCUUUAGCGGUACACCGAACCGAGAAUUUGCGAAACUCCUCACGGCCAGGGCUGUCCGCAACGGUUCCAGUGACAACGUCACUACUCUUAUCCUUUGGUUGGGUGGAUGUGGUACUGAAAGUGAACCGAUGGAAGUUGACCUUCGUUCUCCCACUGCCUAUCCUACAGGCACGCGGUAUGCCUCGGUGCCCUCUCUGGGUGACUCCCGGUUGCGUGGACCCCUAGCAAUGGGUGCUCUCGGUGAAAAUGAAUUCACUCUUCCUUGCUAUGUGGAGCCGCAGGAGCGUGUGCUCACGAGGAGUCACUCUUCGGAAGAUUUGGCCGAUGUGGAUCGUAUUCGGGCCUCUAGCCCCAUGCGUGUUCUCCCUUGA